AUGCGCGCGCAGCAUUCUACUCACCCACUUCCCGCGUUUCCAGUGUAUUCAUGUGCGUUCGUGGCCUCCGACCAGAUGGUCGUCGGAGGCGGAGGCGGCGCUGCCAAGUCUGGGAUUAAGAACAAAUUGAGGCUAUUCAAUGUCUCUCAAGACAGACAGCUUAAACUGCUCUGUGAGCAUGAGCUUGAGAAAGGCGAGGACGCCCCUAUGAGUAUUGCAGCUCACCCAGAGAGCAGAAGCUUUGUCUGUGGAAUUAAUAGUUCCGAAGAACGCUUAAAAAGAGAUGAAAAUGAGAAUUGCAGGGUGUUUUCAAUUAGUGAUUCUGGAAACGCCCUAAUUAAAGGAGCUACACGGGGUACAUUGCCCUCGGGAGCGCUUGAGGACUACCAGCGUGUAACCGUCAUAUCACCGGAUGGAAAACUCCUGGCAGUGGCCGGCGAACGUGAUUUAUCUCUUCUCGCAUUCCCUUCUCUUUUGCCUGUUGCUCAGUCUGUUCAAGUACCCAAAGGUGAAAUUUACGAUGUGACAUUCUCGCCAACACACCUUGUACUAGCCACCAAUCUGAACCUGUUAGUAUACGCACUUCCGAAGCCACCAUCGGAAGAUAAUGGUGAGAAAACACCAAAGAAGAAAAAGGGGAAACAGAAAAGUAAAGGAAAGGAGAAGGAAGUACAUUCUAGGACACCGAGCCAGACUCCUGAACUGCGGCUUGUGGACACGGUCGAUAUUCCUUCGGUUCCUGGCGCUCCUGCACAGUCCGUUGUAACAUUUCGCGCCGCGCGCUUUCACCCUUCAGACUUCAGCACGCUGUUUACGGCCGUCAAUACUGCUGCGCCUCGUGCGAAGAAAUCCAAGAUGGCCAAAAUGCAGGCCUACAUAUUGAAAUGGAGAGUCGACCUAAGUGGAGAGCAGAAUUCUGCUCGGCCCAUGUCACUGGAGGGCUCCCGCAAAGCGGGUGAAGGCGGCUUGACGUGUUUGGACGUUAGUCCCAAUGGGAAGUUCCUUGCUUUCGGUUCAUCAGACUAUACGUUGGGAAUACUGGACAGUACUACUCUGAGCCCGCUCUUGUCCAUACUCAAAGCGCACGAGUUCCCUAUAACCACUGUUCGGUUUAGCCCUACCUCAACGUUGCUCGUAUCCGGUGGUGUUGACAACUCGAUACGGAUCGUUACUGUACCAGAGAGUUUUGCAGGCCAACCAUGGACCAUGAUUAUUUUGGUUAUUCUGGCCCUUCUUGUGAUAUUGGUGGCAUUUUUAUUGCAAAAGUAG